AUUAUUUAAAAAAAUCUUUUAUAUAUUAAGAUUAUUGGUAAUAAUCAAUUUAUAUGUGUUAUUAAGCUUUUCCGAAUUAUAUACUAAGCUCAAUACCAUAUUAUAAUAAUCAUUGUUUUAGUAAGUAGUUUUUAUAAAGAUAAUAAUUUUAAACUUACCAAUGUAUAAUUUAUGAUCAAAACGUUUAUAAAAGAAUUUCAGUUAGAUGGAAGACGACUUGCAACUUUUAUUAGACAGUUUGAAGUCUACGGUAGAAUGUUUAUCUAUGUCAGGUCAAAGUAAUACUUGGGAGGUAUGUGGUGGCUUAGAUAGACUACACUCAAUAAUGAUGAAUAUAUUUAAACAUGGAUGUUUACCAACAAAUUCAAAUGUAAGUAGACACCUAUAAUAGUAUAAUAUAUUACUUAAUCAAAUGUAUACUUAAAUAUAAUUUUUUUAAUUUAUUAAAAUUUUCUUUUAAAUUAAAGUAAAAAUAUUUAUAUUAUUUAUUGAUGUAAAAUCAUCAUCACCCAAAUUAUUUAGGGAUGGUUAGGUAAAUAAUGAAUACAAUUAUAUUCAUCGAAAACAUUCACAUUAGUCUUAACGUUUGUUUAUUUUUUGUAUUGAUAUUUUAAUUUAAUAAAAUAAAUUCUCCUUAAUGCUUGUAUUUCAGUUGAGAUUUAAUUAUUAUUAAAUUAUUUUCUCACUUUCAAAAUUAAAUUUGGGAUGAAAGAGAAUCAAAAGAAGAAUUCAAUAUAUGUCAAUACCGCCUUUUUAAAAUGACUACGUAGAUCAUUUUUCUUUAGAAUGUGUGGUUACCAUAAAUUAACUUAUAAAAAUAUAAAUAUUUUUCAUGUUUAAAUCAAAUUUAUUAAGCAUACCAAUUGCUAUUCUGAUUGCAUUUAAAAAUAAUUCAAUUAAGUAAUAAUUUUUAUUUAUGUUUAUUUAUUUAGGAUAAUGAUGCUGUUUGGUAUUUUCUUGAAGGAUUAAAUUGGUUUCAUCCUACAAUAACAUCCUUUAUUACGCCUGAUAAAAAUGUGUGUCCUAAAAAUGAACAUUUAGAUAAAUUUUCAUUAUUGAUUUAUAAAAGGUAAGUACAUUACAAUUUCAUUGUUCUGAUGUAACAGAUAGUAUUAUAAUGUAUUUUAAGUAUACAAUUUUUUUCGUUAUGAAUAUACUUUAUACUUUUAAAAACACACAUCUUAGUAAAACUAAUAGAUUAAUGUGUACAUAAUAUUUGAUUUUUUUUCCAUAAAAUUGUUUGAUGAUUGUAACAAAAUAUUUAUUACAGUAGAUCAGUGGUUCUUAACUAGUAUUCCACGAAACGCAUGUGUUCCAUGAACUUAGAAUAAGUGUUCCUUCAUAAUUUUAAAAUCAGUUUUAAAUAAAAUCUAUAAAGUAAACUAAAUUUUUAGUUUCAUUGUUUUAACAUUUUAACUUUUAUUGAUUUCUAAAACUCAACAGUUAGGUUACGCAUAGAAUCAUUUUAGGCUUUGUUGGUUUAUUUUUGUGCUAUUACUGUUUUGAACUAUAUAUUAUGUAUUAUUUAAUACAUUAUAAAUUUAAAAAAUGUAUAUAAAUACUGUUUUAUUUUACUGCUGUAUUCUGCAAAAAUCAUAUAAAAUGUUAAUUGUUCUUGGCAUUCAAAAAAGGUUAAGAACCACUACAGUAGGUAAAUGAUUUUUAGGAGAAAAACGUUAAGUUAAUUCAUAAUAGACCAUUAGAUAUAUACAUUGUAUUUUUAGUAGCAUUUUUUUAUUUUCUAUUGGUUUAUUUAAUCACACAGUUAAAAAAUAAGUAUAGGUAGGUACAUUUCAAUACUUUUGUUGUAUAAUGCAUAUUUUAUAGUUUUCUAGUUUUAAUAAAACUAAGCUCUCUACACAUUUUUAAUAAAUUAAUAUUAAAUACAUUUUUUCAUUCAAAAUAUUGGUUUAUUAUGUUAGAUUAAGGUUACUAAUUAACUUAAUGUGAUUGUGUUACAAUUUUCUAGCCUUGAAAAUCACACAUUAUCUGAAAUACUUAGUUGGUUGUUGUCUGAUAAAGAUCAUCUUAAAAAAUAUUAUAAACCAGAAGCUUUUUUAUGCCAAAAAGCAUACACUGAUGCAGUAUUACUAUGUUUACAAGUUGUUGAACUAAAUCAACCAUCCUUAUUGUUAAAAAUCGAUCCAAAAUUGGUAAGGAGUUUUUAAUUAGAUGCCUAAUUAAUUAAUAGUUUAUUAAUCUUAUUAAUUAAACUGGAUUUUUAGUAUUUGAACUAUUCAUCAAAAAGUGAAAACUGUACUACUUUGCCAAAAUCAACAUAUAAACAAACAAAUAUUGGAUAUGUUCAAAAAUUAAAAAACCCUUUAAAGUUUAAGUUGGCUAAUAAUAAUGAUAGAUACACUGGCAUUGAAUAUAAUAAUGAUUCAUCAAAGUAUAAAAUCAAACAUUUCUAUAAAAGACAAUGUCAUAAAAGUUGGCCAGACAUUUAUAAAAUAUUUGAUCGACCUAAACUCAAAAGAUCAAUGAGUUUUAACACGCUAUUAACUGACUAUACACCAGAGGACUAUUUUGAUUCAACACAGUUUGUGAAAAAGUCUUAUAUUUCACCUCCAGAGUUAUUGAACAUUGAUUAUGAACAACUUUUAAAUGACAAUGUUGAUUUAAAUGAUAGUGAUUUUUUAAAUGAGAAUAAAUUAAACAUAAGCCAUAGUGAUUUACCCAAACAAAUAAAUCAUAGGUCGAAGUUGUUUACCCUCCCACUGAGAAUCUUGGAAGAAUCAGAUCAUGAUGAUGACACUCUAAGUAUCAUCUCUGAUGAAUCCAGAACAUUAAUACCCUAUGACGAAUUUCCAUCUUCUAAUUAUAUGCGAAUGUCUGGAUUAGUUCCUGAAUAUUUCCCUGGACAAGAUUUAUUCAGGUUUUUAUCUUCUGGACAAUUUGUUCAAGCUAAUGCUGAACUUGAUCGUGAAAAUGCGCAUUUUAAAAUAUCUGAAGCAAUCAUCAGUACUAUCGAACAAGUUUGUAUUUUAACUACCUAAUGUUAUUGUUUAUUGCUUAAUCUGUAUUAGUGUUUCUAUAAAUAAGUAUACACCUUGAAACUGAUUUUGAAAUUAAUUACUACCGAUUUUAAAAUUUAUUAAAUCUAAGAACUUAUCUAAGAAUAUUUUAUAUUUUGUAGUGAGGUUUUAACUUAGAUCAUAUACUAUGGAUUUAGCUACAGUGAAUUAGGUGUUUGAUAUGUGCAUGCGCAAUGUAACUUAUUACAUAUGUAUCAUAUCAUUCAUUCGGUUAUUCAUUGAUAAUUUUGCAAGGAGUUGCAUCAAGCAUGCUUACAUCAAAUACCUAAUUCAGCAAAAUUGUUUGUAUUGAUUUAAUACACUGUGGCUCCAUCUAUAGUAUAUAAUUAAAGAUGUUAAUUAAGUGCAUUUAUAGUGUAAAAAUACAUUUUUGCAAAUUUUUCUACUGGUGGUACUUAAAAAUAUUUAAAAUAUUUUUCUAAAAUUAUAACAUUUUUUUUUUAUUUUCAUAUAUAUUUGAGAAAAUUUUAUAAAGUGAAAAUGUUCUCACACUAAUCUUGUACUUUCAGAUAAAAUGUAAUCAAAAACUUAACUUUUCCGAUAAACUAAUUGAAGAGAGUGAUGAAGAAAUAAAUCAAUUGAAACAGAGAAUCCGUUGGCGGAGACAAAAAUUGGAGAUUGAACAAAUGAAUACAGCCAGCUCAUUCUCUGAUUAUUUAACUGAAUGUAACUUUUAUAAAAUAAAUAAAUUACAAUAUUGAUAACUACAAUAAAUUAUACCUGUUAAAAACUUAUUGAUACUGAAAAAUGUUCUGGUUGUUGGUGAACUUUUCUGUAUAAUUUCUCUUAAUUUUUUAGCUACGCUCACAGACCAAACGAUGAGUUCGCUGACAUCUUCUUACUGUUCAACUACUUCUAGCCUUUCCACAACAACAGAUGACAUGGAUGAUUUUGAGUUAGACAGUGAGAGCAACUGUUCGGUGAACUCUUUGUUCUCAAAUGUGGACCGCAUCCAGUCACCCGGAGGAUGUUCAAUGGUUACAGCAGAGAGUGUUGCCCUGUCCUUAAUCCGUCACAUCACCAACAAAAAUAAUUGGUUAGUUGAUGUCAAUGUUCAAUGGCUCAUAUCUGAAGCUGAUGCUCCGCAACAGGUAGGCAAAGGCGAAUUCAAUAUUAAAAUUAGUAUACUUGCAUAAGGGGAAAAAAAACUUAACAUCAUUUGCUGUAUAACAUGUAAUAUUAACGCUAUCAUUGUUUUAGAUCUUACCGUUGCCAUCAAGUUGGCCUGUAAAUCCAAAGGAACCAGAAGAUCUGAAGGGUUCUUCCAAAUUACGAGGGACUAAUGAUUGGGCACCCCCAAGACCUCAAAUCAUUUUUACCUGUCACCCAUCUCCAAUGUGCGUUCACAAAAACUGUUUUACAAAAUGUAUAAUUAUAUUUGACCCUUAACUAGGCUUGAUUAGUCAGCAAUAAAGCACGGGGUGGAGGAGGGUUUAAAUAACAGAUAAGUGAUUAAAACUAACAGCAUGUGUACAUUCAUAAAAAUAUGAAAUUAAAUUGUAUAUGCUAUAAGAUAAAUAUAAACACAAAUAUGCAAUUAUUGUUUUCAAGAAAUGGUUACAUAAUAUUAAAAAAAGCUGAUACUGUUGAUGGGAAGGAUGAAUCUAAGAAUUGGAUAAGGAGGCUAAACAAUUCACUUUCCAUAUCUGUUAAAAAUGUAUUUUUAAAAUACAAAUUAUAGGUUAUAUAAUUUAGUAUAAGUACCUAAGUGCUGUUUUUAAAGUACCUACCUAAUACUAAUAGAUUUCAGUCUUCCUACUCCCUCUCCUGUAACCAGCCUGGGCUGGGAUGUGAUUGUGUUGAAGAUGAGAAGUUGGGAAACCAGUAUACUUAGAUGUAUUUAAUUUAUGUUUGUAUGCGCCAUUAAAUCAUCGCUAACGAAAAACAAUUUUGAGCAAAGUUGGAUCAAAUAUGUUUUAAAAUUUUCUUUAAAAUUUUUCGUUAAAAUUAAAAAUUUAAAUGAUUAUUAGGGCUCAAUUAAUAUCAAUCAAUGCAAACUUAUUGCAUUCAAAAGAGCACUUCAAGUAAAUAUUAUUACACCAAAUGAUAGAUUUAAUCUCCACCCUUUAACGGCUUUAACUUAUUAAACACACAUUUCUAGCGCUACACAAAUUAUUAACCCAAAGUUAUUUUUUUUAUAUACAUACAAUUUUAUUUAAAUAAAAUACAUUUUUAAAAAUAAUUUGUAUCAUGUUAUAAAAUUAUAUCUAUUAAUUUAGUCAUUAGACAGUAGAAAUUUAAACCCUUCUACCAUUUGGUCUAAUAAUAUUUGCUUGUGUUUCUUUCAAGGCUUUUCUGACAUUUUUAAGUGCUUUUUUGUUAAAUUUAAGUGCAAUAAGUCCUAAACCCUAAUGAUUAUAAAAGAAACUACUACAUCACGGGAAAUUCUUUUUGAAUAUUAAUUGAAGUUUUGAUUAGGAACAUGGAAUGUGAAUGCUGUAAAUUUGCCCUAUUUUGUUUUAAUUUAUUAAAAUUAAUGUGUAACAUUUAGAAAAAUAUUGCAUGCACAUUAAAUUUAAUGCACCUUGAAAAUAUAGCACGAUAAAAAUUUCCUGUCACAUGCAUGAUAAACCAUGUGUUAUGUUUUUAAUCAUUUUUGGUCUGUUAAAAGAUUUUUAUCAGCAAGAAAAUAAAGAAAAAAUAAAUAAACUUGAACAUUUCAAAUGCCUGAAAUUAUUUUUAAAGUUACCAGAAUGUUUUAAAAGAGCUAAUAUAUCUUAGUACCUAUUUUGUGAUUAUUAUUGGUCUUUAAAAUUAUUUUUAACUAAAUUACAAAAAAUAAAAUUAAUUAUCUACAAUAAUUUCGCUAUUAUGUACAUUUUACAAUUUUUAAGAAAACUAUAAGUGAAAUCAAAAAAUGAUAGAGUGAAUAAAAUAAAAAUUGGAGCAAGAUUUAUGUAAAAAUGUUAUUGACAGACAAAAAAAAAACUCUUAGUAAAAUCCAUAAUUUCUUGUUGCUCAGAAUCUGCUUAAAAAUAUCACUAACUGAUAAUCCAUAACAUCUGCUCUCAAAUAAUUUGCAUUUUGGCUAGUAUAAUGCCCAAUAACCAAUUAAGAAUUUUUAUUUUAAAGUGUACUUAUACCUAUUAACUAAUAAAAGUUUUAAAUUUUUUCUUUACAGCAGGAAAAAGCUAAUGGAACAUCAAAAUUAUAGGUGCGCGGGUUGUGCCAUGAAUGUGGCAGUGAAAUAUGCUUCAAAGUUUCGUUACUGCUUUUACUUGGGUCGGUACUUUUGCACGGGUUGCCACAUAGAUAAAAAGACAGUCAUACCUGGUCGUAUUAUUGCCAAGUGGGACUUUUCAAAGUACAUGCUAUCAGACUUUUGUUAUGCACAUGACAUUAAAUAUUUUUUUUCUCUUAACAGGUAUCCAGUGUCAAGUUUCUCUUAUGCCCUGCUUGAGCAAAUAGGGUUUGAUCCGCUCUUUGACAUUGCAGAUUUAAACUCAACACUAUAUAAACGUGCCCGUGCUUUGGAUCAAGUCCGGUCAUAUCGGCUGCAACUAUACUAUAUAAAGGAUUUUAUUAUCACGUGCCGAUACGCCAACAGGUAGCUUGAUUGUUCAUGAUUUAUUAAUCAACCUAUGUCCUUCAAGUAUUUGGUUCAAUACUGUACAUACAUUUUCUUCACUACCAAUAUUUUCAUCCUCUACAUCUUCCCAUCCAUCACCAUUUCAUGUUUAUAUAAUUCUAAUGACCUUUAAGCUCUUUUUAUCUAUCUAAUAUUUGAUUUUCUUAUUUUACCUUAGUCAUACAAAGUAUAGCUAAAAAAUGAAUAAUAAAAAGUAAUAUAAAUAAAUAAUAAAAUACAAACAUUUUUGUUUUAAUUGGUUUGAGUUAUUUGGUUAUUAGGUUUUAAAAAAAAUUGUUAAAUAAUUUUCACAUAUUGUAUUUUAUUUGUGCCUAAAAUAAUUUGAAACUUUAUUAACUUUUAUGUGUCAUUUUCUGUACUAAUGAAGUAUGUUUAAAUAUGGCCAGAUUAAAAAAAUUAUUGGACGAUCUCGAAGCUCAUAUAAUACUCAAACCAGACUUGUAUUCAAUCCAAAAUAUGCUGGAUGUCAAGAAUGGAGAACUUAGUAAAAAACUAAAAAAUAUAAUUAUCACCUGUAAAAUGCACAUUACCAAUUGCCAGGUUACCUAUAUUUAUACAUUUUUUUUGCUAAAAUAAAUUUUGAUUUUUUAGUAUUUUAAAGUUUUUUUUCAUGUAAUAAAUCCUAGGUUCACUAUGGUUAUAGGUUUGCAUUAUGAUUAUCUCCAUUUUAUAUUUUAUUUUAUCUAAAAAUAAAAAUUGUUUUUAUAAAAUUCAAGAUAGCCAUUUUCUCAUUAACAACAUUAUUUUUCAUAGAUGAAUCAAUUGAUAUUAUUUAGUAGUGGAAAUAAAAACAAUUUAAACUAUCAAAUUGUAGAAAAUAAUAAUUCAUUAUUAUUAAAUAUUUGUCACACUAAUUUUUUUUUAACAAAUUUAAUGAAAUGGUUUUCUUGGAUUUUAUAAAAACAAUUUUUUAUUUUUAUUAAAAUAAUAUAUAAAUUUAUAUAAUAAAGGAAUAUUAGUGGAAAAUCUAGUAAUUAUUACAAGAAAAAGUACUUAAAAAUAUUAAAUAGAACAAAAGUUAUUUCAAAUAUCAGAUGUAUAUUAUGAAAAAAUAUUGUUAUUAACAAUUAGUUAUGUGUUGUUGUAUAGUUGUGCCAAGCAAGAGGCUUUAUUUGUGAGAUGUGUACCAGUGAAGAAAUACUUUUCCCUUGGGACUUCACACUGGUUACUAGAUGUGUGGACUGUGGGACAUGUUACCAUAAGAAAUGUUUCAACUCUCGUAAAGUGUCCAUAUGCCCCCGGUGCCCACGGAUGGCCAUGUUCAAAAGAGCAGACCGUGAUAAGGAUUCUCAAAGCCCUUGUACAGUCCCCAACUAGUUGAAGGAUGUUCAUUAACCAAGGAAUAAAUAUAGUCCUUGUAUUCAAUUGUAUUCAAUCAACAUUAUUACCCACACAUACCUACCCGAUAUUGAAUAAUUUAUUCAAUAUUUUAAUUACCUGAUAGUUAGUAUUUUAUUUUUUUUUUUUUUUGUUUAUUUUAUGCUAUUGAUACUGUUUAUUAUGAUCUACACAACUUAUUAUUUAUUAUGUAUCAUGUAACAAUUCUUUAAUUUUUUUAUCCCUUUUUAAGCUUUACAAAAUUAAUACUGGGAACCAAUAUUAUAAAUAAUUUAAUGUGCCUAUGUCAUGUGGAGUCAAUAGGAAAUUGUGUUCCAUCUAAAAAAUAGUAUAAGAAACUUAAAAGUCCAAUGGGAGAUUUGACUAAAACAAUCAAUUGUAUCAAGAAUUUAUCUACCUAUAUGUAAAAUGACUAUAAAUGUAAAACAUACUCAAUACAGUUACGAAUUAUUAAAAAAUAAAAUAAAAAUAGAUUUCAUGUAUACAAAUUUAUUUUUAUUCUAUAAAAGUACAACUUUAUCUUUUAAGUUCAAUAAAUUUAAUUAUAUACAACAAUAGGAUAAGUUCAUCAUCACAAAUACAUAACAUAAUAAAGUAAAUUUCCAUUUUUUAUGUCAAGAAAAGAGUUAAUUUUUCAUGUUACAAAAGAGUUUAGUUGUCUAUUUUAUUGGCUUCGAUAUUAUAUACUUCAAUUCGUAAUGGUAUAAGGAAGUUGAAAUCUGUAGUCAUUUUGUUUUUUCAUAUUUGAGGCUAUAUUAAUGCAUUAUAAUGAUUUUGUGAUUUUUAUCAUUCAUAAUAUAAAUAAAUCUAUAUUUUUGAUAAUAGGAAUUACCUAUGUUAAUAUUCUUUUUUUAACAAUUAUUAUUUAAUUCAAAGUUAUUUUUGUAGCUAAUACAAACUAUACAGUUAUGUAUUCAUAGGUAUUGAAAAUGAAAAAUUAUAUUAAAACUAAUAAUAAAUAUUAAUAAUUUACAAUAAUACACCACUGUAAUUUUUUGAAAAAUAUAACUAAUCAGAAUAUUAAUGUGGCCUAUACAAAUCUGGCUUAUAUUUCAAGAAUUUUUUUAGUUUUAAUAAAUUGAAACAAUAUUAUUAGUAAUAAAAUAAUAAAGUAAAAAAAAAAAUUAUUAAAAUUGUUAAUACUUGUAAUUAAAAAAUAAAUAAAUAAAUGCAUUUUUUGUUUUUUUCUAUGUAUUCCUUCAUUUAAUUUUUAUAUUCAGUCACGUUUUACAUUUGGACUGUGAUAUACCUGAUGAUGAAUUUUUAAUUCGAAACCAGUCGUAUUAUACACUUAUCAUAAUACUCCAGGCGCAUUAAUUUGUUUAUUUUUUAUUUACUACAUUUAAUAUAAUUAUUAUGGAUUUAAUGUAACAAGUAAAGCCAUAUGUUUUUAUUAGACUAACAAUUUUAUAGAAAUGUUAUACAAAUUUUGAAGUAGCUUAUCUUUAGUAUCCAAUAGUAGGUAAUAUAAUAUUAUAAUAUAUAUUAAGUUACUUAUAUGGCUCAGUCCCAUAACUAAUGAAUUAAGAGGUAAUAAUCAUUAAUAAUAUUUUUCUACUAAAAGUUGUGAUUACAGUAGAUAGGUACAAAGAAAAGAUUUAGAAUUAUAAAUUAAAUAUCUAAUAAUUUACUUACAUUAAACAAAUAUUAUUCUAAAUUGUUAUAGUCGUAUGAUAUAAACAAUAUAACCUAAAUGUUAAAAAUGAUGGUCAAACGAUUUCUGAGAAUUCCAAUGACUUUUUUGUAAAUGUAACACUAAUAAGAGCUUGAAAAUUUAUGGUAGUAACUAUUUUUUAAUAGUAACAGCAUC